CUAGAAGUCAUUUGUUUCUUUGCCUUGGUCCACUAACCCCACAUAACGCCGGCUCCGCCUCCGAAACCGCCGAUCUCAUCCGGAAUCCGGAGUGCCCAAUUACAUCAAAAUGCGUCCCACCUCAAUUUAUCAGCUACCAGCAACGUUAGCGGUACUUCUUCUAUUCUUCUCAUGCCUCGUUCUGGCCUCAUCAGACUCAAAAGAUGCCCGCAACACGUUAUUUCAACGCGACGAGGAAGCAGGUUCAGGGUGCAGUACAGAGGGCCAAUGGCACUGUAUGACCAAUUCAUUUCAGAGAUGCGCAGGUGGACACUGGUCGAUCAAGAUGGCUAUGGCUGAAGGGACAAAAUGUGAGCCAGCGGGAUACACUGAUGACUACAAUUUUCGAAUUGAGCAUGAUGGACAAGGGAAUGGUGAUGGGCGUGCUGAAGGACAGAGCAGUAGAGGAUCUAACUUGGGAUCAAGAGCUUCGGCAAGCGGGAUUACUAUCGUGGUUAUUUCUUGUUUGUGGAUUACUCUGGGAAGUCUCUGCUAGGCUCAGGACUUUAUCAUGACCACUGGCGUUUUGGGAUAAGAUUGUUGCGAUCUGGGCAUCUGAUUGAGGAGGUUUAACUAAAUACAGGAAAUAUUGUACGGAAACCAAUUGUCACAUCCUGACAACUAGCUCUUGCG